GGUCCAGUUGGUGCACUGUAAGCAAACAAACACGCCGGACCAGCAGACCAGACGACACCAACAUCAUGGCACGUGGGAAAGGACGACGAAAGUCCCACCAAAAAGGUGGAAAACAGUUCAACAAACCGAAGCCGGCCGCGAAAAAGGACAGGUCGACGAAUGGCAGGGACAUCAAGCACAAGGAGCAGUACAAACGGCGACUGGCGGACCAGCCGGACGAGAGGUUCGCCAAGCGCCAGAAGGUGGAGGACGUCCCCGCCGCAGACGCAGAGAGCGAGGAAGAAGUGGACGCCUACUCGCAGCUUUUGUCGACCUUCUCCAAGAAGGAGCGCAAGAACAAUGUGGCCGUCGACAGCGACAGUGAAGAGGACGACGAGGAUGACAGCGAUCUCGACGAGGAGGGAGAAGGGGACUCGGACGCGGAGGCAGACCGAGGGCAACAUAACCCGUCCCAGACAGGGCUGCCAGACACUGACAGUUUGAAGGAUGAAUCCGAUUCGGAUGCUGGAAGUGAGCUGGCUGAGGAGGAGGAAGGUGAUGACGAUGAUGAUGAUCUUCAAGACGCUGAAGAUGUGGUUAACACUGAUGACAACGAGGGCGAGUCUGUCACCUCCGAUGACGCUGUGGAUUCUGAUGACGUUGGUGAAGCCGAUGAAGAAGAAGACGAUUCUGAAGCGGAUGAUGAACACAUUGAAAUAACACCUAUUGACUCACAGGAGGAUGCCUUGGUAACUGAAGAUGAUCCAUUCGCUGCCCACAUUUGUCGUGAUCUUUCUGAAGAAGCUGCUGAGUUCCUUGGUCAGACGAAGCCCCCAACCAAAGUUGAAGAGGUUCAAUGGAAAUCCUUAGGCCGUCUAGUAGUAACAAUACCUGACAUCCCCAGUUCACCUCCAAAUGUUAAUACUGACUCCAAGCUUACAUUGGAAGAGCCUAAAGUCUAUGCUCAGCCAGGGAAGAUGCCUGUUCGGGCUCGUCAUGUCGAUUUAAACCAACUCCACGUGAAAGUGCAGUUACAUGACACCAUUCCAAAAGCCAAUGCAGACAAUAUCACUCCUGGCAACGAGUCAGAAAUUCUUACUCCACUUCAACUGGAGCUUUUCUCUGUGAUGAACAAUUAUCAGGACUUAUAUUAUCCAGAAAGAACUUUAGAAAAUGGUGAAGAAGUAAGAUUUGCAUAUUGCCUUCAUGCUGCUAAUCACAUUAUCAAGACUAGGAAUACGGUAUUGCAUCACAAUGCACGCUUAAAUAAAAAGAACCCUGCUGACAUACCAGAUGCAUUUCGGGAUCAGGGCUUGGUGAGGCCCAAAGUUCUCAUAGUUGUACCAUUCCGUGAACAGGCUCGCAGAGUUGUGGAAAUGCUUAUUAAACUAUUAGUGCGUAAUGAAGGGAAAGGAAAUGAGGUAAUGAACCGAAAACGUUUUGAAGAGGAGUUCACUGGAGGAGAGCUUGCUUUGCCCAAAAAAAAUCGUCGUCCUGAGGAUUAUGAAGCUUUAUUUUCUGGGAAUACAGAUGAUACUUUCCGCUUGGGGUUGACCCUGACUAAAAAAUGUGUCAAGCUCUAUGCUGACUUUUAUUCUGCUGAUAUUAUUGUUUCAUCCCCUCUGGGUUUGAGGAUGAUUGUUGGAGCAGAAGGUGAAGGAGAAAGGGAUUAUGAUUUCUUAGCAUCCCUGGAAAUGGUCAUUCUAGAUCAAUCAGAAGUCUUCUUUAUGCAGAAUUGGGAUCACCUUCUACAUGUCUGGGAUCACUUCCAUUUACUACCCAAAGAAUCUCAUGGUACUGAUUUUUCUCGUGUAAGACCCUGGGCAGUGAAUGGAUGGUCAAAGCACUAUCGACAAACAAUCUUGUUCAGUUCAGUACCCUUAAUAGAGUUCAGUUCUCUUUUAAAUAAAAGAUGUAGUAACUAUGCAGGAUCAGUGCGUGUUGUCAAUCCUAAAACAACUGGGACUAUUUGUCAUGUUGUAGUUCAAUUACCUCAGGUAUUCCAGAGACUAGACGCAAUUUCAGUCUCCCAAAGUUUAGAUGUAAGAUUUGACUUCCUCACUCGGAAAGUUUUACCAGAUCAUACAGAUCCACUCAUGGGCCAAACUAUGAUCUAUGUGCCAUCAUAUUUUGAUUUUGUUCGUAUUAGAAAUUACUUACGCCGACAAGACCUCAGUUUUGUACAAAUAUGUGAAUACUCCAAGGAAGGGAAAAUAGCAAGAGCUAGAGAUAUGUUUUAUCAUGGUCAGGUACAAUUUCUGUUGUACAGUGAGAGGUUUCACUUCUUUAGACGCCCUCUGAUUAAGGGUAUUAGGCAUAUUGUAUUUUACCAACCUCCAACAAUGGCACAUUUUUAUAGUGAAAUGUGUAAUCAAAUGCAGGAAGCAAAUCAAAAUCCAUAUGGAGGCAGUGAAAAUAAUAUGACAGUAACUGUCCUGUACAACAAAUUUGAUGCCCCACAACUUGCAGGAAUGGUAGGAAGCGAGCGUGCCUCUCGAAUGAUGUCUUCAGAUCGAAAUGUUCACAUGUUUAUGUCUGGGGAGUGAUAUUUGUAAAUUUUCUAUUCUGACCAUGUGAUAUAGAGAGAAUAAUAGAAUUUCCAGCCAGGACAUGCCCUGUCAUGUAUUUAUUUUUAUUUGCAACAUUUAUAAAGGGCUAUGAAUUCUAAAAGAAUAAAUUCACCAAUAAGCUCAA